AGGAAACAAACAGAGCGGGUCCACAACAUGUUCAUCAAUCUAGUACUACAGAUGAGUCCUCGACUUCUGACAGGAGCGCUCGCACAUCAUAAAGGAUUUUUGUUGGAAAUGUGACGAGAUCAAAUAUGACGCGAUCUACUUGUUGGUGAAGAUCUGACUUCAAGAAGUUAGACAACAUGGUGGAUGCAGCUAUCAAGAUGGAGGCCACCGAGGUCACGCAACUUGAGUUGCCGGAGGGUGAGCACGAGAACCAACCUGCGAAGGCCAGCGUGAUAAUUGGUCACAGCGCGGCUACUAGUUCGAGCAAUCCCCACUGGGACGCUCUUCCUAGUACGAGCCCAGGCACUGCUGGGGCAGUUAUGUCUGUCACUUCUGUAGUGGGUUGGACUGGAGUUCAGAAGCUAUCUCCGUUUCAUUUUUCAACUUCUUUGAUAGUGUUGCUUCAACUGUUGGCUACAUAGCCCUUGCUGUGGAAGUGCUGGAGACUCAGCAGACUCAGUCAUCUUGCUUGAUAGAUUCAUGUUCUCAGAAAGUCAUAGAUCCCUCACUUACCACGUCGCCCCUCUCGACUCGGGACGAGUCUCAACGCAGCGACAAAGGUGGCACUAUACUGCUCGUCUUGUAUGCCGAACUGUCUCUGAAUGACGGGCACUAGAAACCAAUGAACAGCUUCAGUCUUCUCUAACAAACGCCCUCGCCAGUCUCUACGAUUAGCCAGCGGCGGCUCAAGACGAACGGUCCCCGGCAAGACCAAGAGUGGACGAGCAAAAGGGCGACGAAGAGAGAGCAGUUUAUGGCGGGCAGCGAAGGCCGGGUCAGCUAUCUUGUAUCUCGACGCUGCUCACGCGUUGCAUCGCGAUAAGAAGCGGGAAAGACGUUCAGAAACUUUGGCGCAAGUUUUUGACUCCAAAGCGAAAACAACGACGCCAGCAGAGCAGGAGCCAUUCGGGUCGGCCGCUGAACUGAAUCGAAAAACGGCCACAUACGGCUCCUCUGGUUCUGCUAGUAGCAACCAUGACAGUAGUGCCAACGUGGUAGAAUCCACGGCGGCAUCCGCUUCCGCAGAGCACAGUGGCCAUGAUGAUACGCAAAAGCAAGGUAGUCACUAAUAGCUUUCUACUAGCCCUCAUUGUUCAACUUCUAUCCUGGACUCGAUGCAAAGAGAUACAUUACUUAGGAACGAAGAAGUAUCGCCUAUAGAUGGCGCCAGCCGGAAGCUUUUCAAGAUAUCUUACCAGCGGUGACAAGUUAGUACUAAACUUCAGCAUCACACUACAAUCACUAUCUUUCAACCCAAAAGAACCUCAAAAAUAUUUAUAAGGUAAAGCCACAGACGCGGCCGAGGUUAGUCAUGGCGCAGGGGAUAGCGGGCAAGGGGUAUCAAAGUCAGCUUUAGACGCCGACACGCGGGACCUUCGAUCCCCUGAUCAUAACGAGGCUGGUGUCAAAGAUAAAGCCAUCAAAGCGCCAUCCGCUGGAGACGACGCAGGCAAGACAAAUGGGAACGCUCGUACUUUUCCUAUUGUGAGAUGGAUCAGAUGAUUGCCCGGACAAUACUUUCUUCCUAAUUUUUCCUGUGCGUCUCCAUUUGACUUUUUCUACGUCAAUCCGACCUACUUGUCAACACAGUACGAAUACAAAACGCCGUCCUUGCUCCGUCACAUCCUCCUAACAGACACCCUCGCAACAUCUCCCCAGGUAGUAAAAGAGCCGCCCACAGCGUGGCGAGCACACGAUCAGAAGCUGAGGUCGCUAGCCAUACCGCAGAAGGGUCCAAAACUGGGGCGCCUGCAGGUGGCAAAGGAAACUCCAGAAGUGAAGAGAAGGGAGAAAAAGCCCUGAAGGCAGUGAAAAAAAGUGGGUCGCUGGGUAUUUCUACUUCUAUCCUUUUCCUAGUGAUGAUGUGCCUUUUACUCUGUGAGUGUUGGAUUUGUAAGUCUAUUAAUCAUCAAAAUGAAGAUUCUCACUUGUCAAUCUACAACAACAGGCAGCACGGAUCACGUCCUCCUAUCGCAGAAUACUAGGGGAAGCGGAGCCUCUACUGUCCGACUUGAUGAGGCUGCUGACCUAGAGAUAAACGCUGACAGCCAUGUUGCAGAUGAGGUUAUCGCAAGCCAUGUCGAGACGGGCUCGGACAGUGAUGACUCAAGAUGGCACGGGAUUUUAUGGCCUCGAUUUCGUGAGUUUGAAGCUGAAGAAUACGCACCGAAAGUAUGAGACUUUUGGACCUAUUCCGACAUGAGUUUUGGAUCUUGGGAGUCUUGUUCCUGUUAGUGCUCGGUAGUAGUAAUAUGACUGCGCAACCAACUUCGUUUCAGGCACGAAAAAGCCCGAGACUCGUGCUGUUUGUACCAGUACAGGCGAUUUUCUUAGCCUUAUGCAUCGCCUGUUAGUAGUGACGCAGCCGCCGCUCCACUUCUAACAUUCGCGACAACCAGAGUCACAACGACGACGCCCAGGAACCAAAUGCUGCGAAAAGCAGAGCUUGGCACCUUGUUCAGCGAUACCUCAGAAGAGACCACAGGCGAGGCGCCUGCAGCUGGCAACGAAUAUCCAAAGAGUCAAAAAAAAGGAGAAAAGGCCC